GGGCGAGGCGCAGCUGCAGUUCUCUGCUCCAGCAAGGGGAUCCCCGAAGGGCGGAGCGCGUCCGGGAAGCGUCGGCUCGGGAGGGACGGUGGCUGACGGACUCUGUUCCCAUUCCUCCGCCCCCGUGGCUUCGCCCCUUGCUCCGAGUAAAGUUUGCGGACCUGCGGACCUGGCCCCUUGCGGAAGGCGAUGACCAAGGCCGCGGCGGUGAGAGCAGCUCCAGGAAGAGAGGAGGGGAAGCCCGCGGUACUAUGAGCUGGAGCCCUGGCCCUCGCCCAGCCGAGCCACCUUCUGGGGUCAUGCACUCUCGGGGCUGCGGAGCAGGCCCGGCCGCUGCGCUCCGGCUGGGCCAUGUCCUCCGCUGCUUCUGUUGCUGUUGCCUGAGUUUCUUACUUGUUCUUGCAGAACCACUUACCCAGCUACCAGCUCCACACAACCAGAGAAUUCACCUCUAUAAUUUAGAGCAAGUUCUGAGCUGGGAUGCCGUCCCCACGAACAAUUUUACAAGCCCAGUGCUAUACAGUGUGGAGUAUAAAUACUCCCAGAGCGAAUGGAGAUCGAUGGAAUGUGUUAAUUGUACCAGAAUUGCAGAACCAGUAUGUAACUUCACAGUAGCCACACCACCUCCGUGUUUUUCACCUUUUUACUAUGUUUCUUUACGUAUCAAAGCUGAGCUAGGAGAGCUAGUUUCUGAUUGGGCAUUGGUUCCUUGGUUUCAGUUUUUCCAAAAUGCAACAAUUGGACCACCAUUAGAUAUUCAUGUGACCUCAUCUGAUCGCUCUCUUAGCAUCACCUUAAAGCCUCCCUUCAAAGUAAAUUUUGAUACAUUUCGCUAUCAUGUCUAUUACUGGGAAAAAGAAGGAAAACAAAAGAUCAAGAGCUCUUUCAUCAGCCAGUCCAUUCGCUUGAAAGACUUAAACACCCCAAGUGAAUACUGUUUACAAGUGCAAGCAGAAUUGAAUGCCAGAACUAGGGAGUUCACUCUUGAAGGGCUAUUAAGUAACAUAACUUGUCAUGAAACGUAUGCUGAGGCUUCAACUAAACUUCAACAAAGCUUAAUAAUAAUUUUGGGGAUUUUCGCAUUGAUUCUUCUGGUCCUGGGUUGUUACUUUCUGGUACAGAAUUCCCAAGGCUUAAUAAAACAGUAUUUUCAUUCUCCUCCAGGAAUCCCAUCCCAAAUAAAAGAGUAUUUAAGGAAUCCUAAUGAUCCUAUUUUAGAGGCACUGGACAAGAACAGCUCAACAGAAAAGGACUGCUGGGAUUCCUUAUCUAUUGUUUUCUGCACAGAAGAAAAUCAAGCUGUAUCCAGCAGUAAUUUAAGCGAUGACACUUGAACAUAUAACCAGCCAAGUACGAAAAUGACGUUGAGCCAAUAAACUGUGAAGAUUACUAUCUAAAGUUUACAGGAAGCCAGUUUCCUAUACUUCUAUCUAUCACGGACACCAUGUUUAAGUGCUUGGAAUGAGUUUUAUUUUCCUUUUUAAAUGACGAUACCACUAAAUAUACAUUACAGGCAUUAUUCCAGUGAACACUCAAUUAUGGACUAUCUUCAUGGCCUAGAACAAGAUGGACACUUCACAAGUGUUCCCCCCAAAACACUAAGAAGAUUUCUUAAAGCAUGUGCUACACACCUACAGUAUACUGAGAGCCGCAUGAUAAUAAUGAAAAGAACUGCUGACCAGGAGCUAGAUUUCGGAUUUCCAGUUGUACCACUAUCUCAUUGGGUGACCGCCAGCGUGUCUCUUUGCCUCUUCUUGUCUCAGUUCCUUCAUCUGUAAAAUGGACUUGAACUAUGGAAGUUUUCAGGUUUUUCUCGCCUCUAAAACUUCCCUGGCAGGCACCUCUAUGAAACUGAGAUCUUGGCUAUGUUCCAGUUCUCAAAAAAUAUUAUGAUUCAAUCUUGUAAAUAAAUUUGAUUACACAUUUUCUAAGCUA